AUGUCAAUGCCCUUUCUUACAAACUUGAACCGCAUUGAGAUGCUUCUCAAUGCAUCAAACACUGUUAGCGCACCCAAUAAAAGAUGGCACUCUGCAUUCAUGGCCAUCUAUUGCUCCCGAGCUAUCAUGUCUCUCUCCACUCUCAACAAAACUAACAAAAUCAAAGCAAAAGUCUCACCUAAACCAACACCAACACCAUCCUUCGUCAUGGUUGAUUUGAACCCUCACCAUUCCUUUGGUAUCGACCAAACAGCCCUCACGGAAAUUGUCAAAGAAAAAGACCUUCAGAUCCUUCAUAAAUUUGGUGGGGUUGAAGGGGUGGCAAAAGCUCUUGAAACCCACGUUGAGUAUGGUAUCAAAGGUGGUGAUGAUGACGGUGAAGACGUCACACGUAGAAGACAAGUGUUUGGUUCCAACACUUACCACAAACCACCUUCCAAAGGGUUCUUCCACUUUGUUGUGGAAGCCUUCAAGGAUGUCACUAUUCUAAUCCUUUUGGCUUGUGCUGUUCUUUCUCUUGGCUUUGGCAUCAAGGAACAUGGAAUCAAAGAAGGCUGGUACGAUGGUGGAAGCAUCUUUGUUGCGGUGUUCAUUGUCAUUUCCUUGUCAGCAGUGAGCAAUUUCAGACAGAACAGACAGUUUGACAAGCUGUCUCAGGUGAGCAACGACAUACAAAUUGAUGUAGUGAGAAGCGGGAGGCGUCAACAUGUGUCAAUCUUUAACAUAGUGGUUGGUGAUGUCAUUUGCUUGAAGAUUGGGGAUCAAGUGCCAGCAGAUGGGUUGUUCAUAGAGGGGCAUUCACUUAGAGUGGAUGAAUCAAGCAUGACAGGAGAGAGUGAUCAUGUUGAGAUUAGUAGACAGGACCAUCCUUUCUUGUUCUCAGGCACGAAGGUGGCUGAUGGGUAUGCUAAGAUGCUUGUUACCUCAGUUGGUAUGAACACAACAUGGGGCCAAAUGAUGAGUUCAAUAAGCCGAGAUAUUGAUGAACAAACUCCUCUGCAAGAGAGGCUAAACAAGCUUACAUCGUCCAUUGGAAAGGCUGGUUUGGCUGUAGCUUUUCUCGUCCUUGUUGUUUUGCUGGUUAGAUACUUCACAGGGAACACAAAGGAUGAGAAUGGGGUCAGAGAGUUCAAUGGAAGCAAGACCAAGUUUGAUGAUAUAAUGAAUGCUGUCGUGGGAAUUGUUGCUGAUGCAGUUACCAUUGUUGUUGUUGCAAUCCCUGAAGGUCUUCCAUUGGCUGUGACUCUCACUCUGGCUUAUUCAAUGAAGAAAAUGAUGGCUGACCAAGCAAUGGUGAGAAAGCUCUCAGCAUGUGAGACAAUGGGUUCUGCCACCACAAUUUGUACAGAUAAGACUGGCACUCUCACACUCAAUGAGAUGAAAGUGACCAAAUUCUGGCUAGGCCUAGAACCUGUGGCAGAAACUGAAAAUGCCUACUCAAAGAUUGCUCCAUUUGUUCUUCAACUUAUCCAAGAAGGGGUGGCUCUAAACACAACUGGUAGUGUGCAAAAGUCCAAUAAAUCAGGUUCUGAAUUUGAGUUUUCAGGUAGUCCCACAGAAAAAGCCAUUCUAUCUUGGGCAGUUUUGGAAUUGAACAUGAAGAUGGAACACUUGACAAGAAGCUGUUCUAUCAUUUUUGUUGAGACCUUCAACUCAAAGAAGAAAAGAAGUGGAGUUUUGCUGAGAAGGAAGACAGACAACACAGUUAAUGCUCAUUGGAAAGGAGCAGCCGAGAUGGUAUUAAAGAUGUGCUCAAGAUACUAUGAUGCUUCUGGCAUUGUGAAAGAUCUUGACAAUGAUAGCAUGUUGAAGUUUGAACACAUCAUUCAAGGUAUGGCAGCUAGUAGUCUUCGUUGCAUUGCUUUUGCACAUGCAGAAGUAGCUGAGGAAGAGCUUGGAGAUGAAGAAGGAAACAAAAUGGUGAAAGUGAAAGACAAUGGUUUAACUUUGUUAGGGCUUGUUGGGAUUAAGGAUCCAUGUCGUCCAGGGGUGCAGAAAGCUGUGGAAACUUGCCAAAAGGCUGGGGUGAAUGUCAAAAUGGUCACAGGUGACAAUAUAUUCACGGCAAAAGCUAUAGCAACCGAAUGUGGCAUACUCCGGCCAAAUCAGGACACAGCUGGAGCAGUUAUUGAAGGAGAGGAAUUUCGCAACUACACACUUGAAGAGAGGUUGGAGAAGGUUGACAAAAUCUGUGUGAUGGCUAGAUCUUCUCCUUUUGACAAACUUCUAAUGGUUCAAUGUCUGAAGCAGAAAGGCCAUGUAGUGGCUGUCACUGGGGAUGGCACAAAUGAUGCACCAGCACUCAAAGAAGCAGACAUUGGACUCUCUAUGGGAAUUCAAGGUACUGAAGUUGCCAAAGAGAGCUCAGACAUUGUUAUAUUGGAUGACAAUUUUGCAUCCGUCGUCACUGUCUUAAGGUGGGGAAGGUGUGUUUACAACAACAUCCAGAAGUUCAUUCAGUUUCAAUUAACAGUGAAUGUUGCAGCACUUGCUAUCAACUUUGUGGCAGCAGUGUCAGCUGGGGAAGUGCCACUCACAGCAGUACAAUUGUUAUGGGUGAAUUUAAUCAUGGACACAUUAGGUGCUUUGGCACUUGCAACAGAAAAGCCUACCAAUGAAUUGAUGGACAGACCACCAGUUGGUAGAACAGAGCCUCUCAUCACCAAUGUCAUGUGGAGGAAUCUAUUGGCUCAAGCUUUGUACCAGAUAGUAGUUUUGUUGACUCUUCAAUUCAGAGGUGAGUCUAUCUUUGGUGUGACAUCAGGGGUAAAUGACACAUUGAUUUUCAACACAUUUGUUCUCUGCCAAGUGUUCAAUGAGUUCAAUGCAAGGAAGAUGGAGAAGAGGAAUGUCUUCAAAGGCAUACACAGGAACAAGCUUUUUUUAGGCAUUAUUGGCAUAACAAUAAUCCUUCAGGUGGUGAUGGUUGAGUUUCUCAAGAAAUUUGCUGACACAGAGAGGCUAAGUUGGGGGCAAUGGGCUAUCUGCAUUGGUCUAGCUGCAGUUUCCUGGCCAAUUGGUUGGGUUGUGAAGUUGAUACCUGUCCCAGAGAAACCAUUGCUCAAUUUUUUGCAGAUGAAGAAAUGA